AUGCCUGGAAAUCACGGGGAGAUUUCGGUGGACGAACAGACCGGCGUCGAUAACGAUAACAACAAGAGGGCGAGGAGGAGGAGGAAGAAGAAGAAGGAGGACGACGAUGUAGAAGAAGAUGGAGUCGCGGAUGGUUUUGAGAAGGGGAAUCAAUUGGUAAUGCCCUCGAUUUCGAAGACGAGGAAGCGAUUUGUAGACAAGUUCAGAAGGAAACCCAAAUCGCCGAAACGAUCUUCUUCCCCUUCUCCGAGUUCUGGGUCGCGUAAAGGAGGAUGCUUUUCUAUGAUGAGACCUCGCAGAACAGAGGAGGAGGAAUCUCCUUCUUCCCCAUCUUCUGACCCUAACGAUGAAAGCUUCACUCAUGAGAUGCUCAGAGUUAUGUUAGAGACCAAUGAUUUCUGCUCUGAUGACUGCAAUCCACAUCGGUGA